UUACUCAAAGUCAGUCGCAAAGACCUCCCGAGGUCAAUAUCAAAUGCGAGGAAACAGAAGACUUCCCGCCCCGGGCCGGCACCAUCAAUAAACAAACAGCAGAACCAACCAAGAGUCCAAGACAGCACCAACCAAAAGCUCUUCCCUGCGAGAACCAACCAAGAAUCGAUCCCGCGAUGGAGCCUGAUCCGGCCACGACCCCGACCAGCGGCACCGCGGCGGCUGCAUCGUCGUCGCUCAUCUUCUUGGGCACGGGUUGCUCCGGCGCGCUCCCCGACACACGGUGCCUCAUCAAGCCCUCCACGCCGCCCUGCGCCGUCUGCUCCACGGCCCUCUCCCUGCCGCCGGACCGAAACCCCAACUACAGGUUGAACACCUCCCUCUUGAUAGAUUAUUGCCAUAACGACGGAACCCACAAGUACACUCUAAUCGAUGUCGGCAAGACCUUCAGAGAACAAGUUCUCCGGUGGUUUGUCCACCACAAAGUGCCUUCCGUUGAUGCGAUCAUUCUGACUCAUGACCACGCGGAUGCUAUCUUAGGCCUUGAUGAUAUUUGGGUAGUGCAGCCAAGUAAUGGUGAAAAUGAUGCUGACCAAAUUCCUAUUUUUCUCACCCAAUUCACAAUGGACAGUAUUGCAGCAAGAUUCCCCUACUUGGUGGAGCGGAAGCAGGAGGAUGGUGAUGAAGAUGCCCGCGGCGCGCUACUCGACUGGAAGAUAAUUGAGGAUGAUGUCAACAAACCAUUUACAUCAUCAGGGCUACAGUUUGUGCCCUUGCCAGUAAUGCACGGAGAGGGGUAUAUUUGUUUAGGAUUCUUAUUUGGGAGGAGGGCCAGAGUUGCAUAUUUAUCUGAUGUCUCAAGAUUCCUACCUAGCACUGAGCAUGCAAUUUCGAAGUCUGGCGCUGGACAAAUUGAUCUUCUUAUACUAGAAGCAAACGGUUUGCACGGGGUGGGAGGACAUCCUCGCAGUACCCAUUUAACUCUGAGUCAGAGUCUUGAUGCUAUCAAGAGGAUCUGUCCUAAAAAAGCUCUGCUGAUUGGAAUGAGGCACGAGUUUGAACACCACAGAGAAAACCAGAUGCUGGCAGAAUGGUCUCGCAGAGAAGGAAUACCAGUACAACUAGCUCAUGACGGCCUGCGCGUACUCAUUGAUUUAUAAUAAGAUUGCAGCAUCAUAUCUCCGCUAUCUGAUUUCGAUUGGGAACAAAGUUCUACCCGUGCAAGUAGUUCACUGACAAUUUCAUGCUUUGCAUUGUCGUGCAUGCAAACCUGAUUGUGCGUACUAGCUCUGCUGGGAUUAUCUGUACUAAAUUAGCAAGUGAGAAGGAUAUAUAAUCUAGGCUUUCAAUGGACUCAUUGUACCGCCUUUUUCUGAUGAUAAGUUGUUGACCUUUACUAAAUCAGAUCCUCUGAUUUAGAAGAGGCAAGUCAGCCAUAAAUAUAACUGUUACAAGUCCCUCGUUACAGCAAAAUUAGUGCAGUAAUUUAUGAACAAUAAUUACGCUACAGUAUCACU